AUGGUCGUCGGGAUGUCUACUCGAGGAGCAUCGCGCGCAUCAGUCCCAGCAACAACUCUCGCUACAGGCACGCAAGGCGCCACAUGGGGCGGGGACGAAUGGGAGGACCGCAUCCGACUCUCCGCCGUCCCUCGCGAGGGCGGCAUGGUGGUGCUUGUAACGGGCGCCGCUGGAUUCGUUGGUUCGCACACGUCGCUGGCUCUUAAAGAACGAGGCGACGGCGUAAUCGGUCUGGAUAACUUCAACGACUACUAUCCCGUGCCGCUGAAACGCGCCAGAGAGGAGCGGUUGCUCUCCAACGGAGUCUUCGUCGUCGAAGGCGACAUCAACGACCAGCAGCUCGUCUCCAAGCUCUUCGAAAUCGUACGGUUCACGCACGUGCUCCACCUCGCCGCGCAAGCUGGCGUGCGAUACGCCGUGCACAACCCGCUGGCGUUCGUCCACAGCAAUGUCUUGGGCUUCGUGAAUCUGCUCGAAGCCGUGCGAAAGGCGGAUCAUCAGCCCGCCAUCGUGUACGCGUCGUCAAGCAGCGUCUACGGUCUCAAUAAAAAAGUCCCCUUUUCGGAAAGCGACCGCACGGAUCGCCCGGCGAGCUUAUACGCGGCGACGAAGAAAGCGGAUGAGAUGCUUGGGCACACGUACAACCACAUCUACGGUCUCUCCGUCACCGCGCUGCGCUUCUUCACCGUGUACGGACCCUGGGGACGGCCCGACAUGGCGUACUUUUCCUUCACGAGGAACAUCGCGGAAGGGAAGCCGAUUAAGAUCUUCCGCGGGCCCAACGGGCAAGAGCUGGCGCGCGAUUUCACGUUCAUUGACGAUGUGGUGAAGGGGUGCGUUGCCGCCCUAGAUACUGCCACGCCCAGCGUGGGCGUGGGCACGCAAGGGAAGAAGCGCCGCGCGCAGUUCCGAGUGUUCAACCUCGGGAACACUCAGCCGGUUAAAGUGACGGAUUUCGUCAAGCUCCUGGAGAAGCAUCUUGAGACGCGCGCGAUUAGGGAUGUGGUUCCCAUGCCCAGCAGCGGCGAGGUGCUGUUUACACACGCGAAUGUCACACGCGCCGAGAACGAGCUCGGUUACACGUUCCACCUGCCGCAACCCCCGUUCCGCAUCCCCCCUGCCGCAUCCCCGAUUCCGCAAUCCCCGAGCCGCAUUCCCCCUUCCGCAUUCCCCCUUCCACAGUCCCCCGUCCAUAUUCCCCCUUCCCCAUUCCGCCUUCCGCAUUCCGCCAUCCGCAUUCCCCCUGCCGCAUCCCCGAUUCCGCAAUCCCCCAGCCGCAUUCCCCCUUUCGCAUUCUCCCUUCCGCAUUCCCCCUUCCGCAUUCUCCCUUCCGCAUUCCCCCUUCCGCAUUCAGCCUUCCGCAUUCCCCCUUCCGCUCCGCAUUCCCCCUUCCGCAUUCCCCCUUCCGCAUUCCCCCUUCCGCAUUACCCAGCAUGCUUCAAACUCACUCCCUCGUGCUCCCUGCCUCAUGCUCACUCCCUCGUGCUCCCCCACCCCCAUGUCCAUCUCCUGCCUCCCUUCACGCCCCAUCAGCCGCGCGACGCCUUUCACAGGGGCCUGGCGUCGGCAUUGCGUCUUCUGCACCCCUCCAACCUCCACUUCCCCCUCCAGAGCCAUACGGCAUUCGGUGAGUCAACCGACUCCCCACCUUCCUGCCCCGUCGCGUUGCCUUCGGUGAGUCAACCGACUCCCCACCUUCCUGCCCCGUCGCGUUGCCUUCGCCCUCCCUUCCCCCUCAUCAUGCCACUAGUUUCACCCCUACUAGCCCUCCCUUCCCCCUCAUCAUGCCAUCUGCCUCCCCUCCUUUUCCCCCUUUCCCCCUCUGCUUCCCCUCUUUUCCCCUCUGCUUCCCCUCCUUUUCCCCCUUGCAUCCCCUCCUUUUCCCCCCUGCAUCCCCUCCUUUCCCCCUGCAUCCCCUCGUUUUCCCCACCAAUUCCCCUCCUUUCCUCCAUUGCUUCCCCCAAUUCUCCCACUGCUUCCCCUCCUUUCUCCCACUGCUUCCCCUCCUUUCUCCCACUGCUUCCCCUCCUUUCUCCCACUGCUUCCCCUCCUUUCUCCCACUGCUUCCCCUCCUUUCUCCCACUGCUUCCCCUCCUUUCUCCCACUGCUUCCCCUCCUUUCUCCCACUGCUUCCCCUCCUUUCUCCCACUGCUUCCCCUCCUUUCUCCCACUGCUUCCCCUCCUUUCCCCCUCUGCUUCCCCUCCUUUUCCCCCCUGCAUCCCCUCCUUUCCCCCUGCAUCCCCUCGUUUUCCCCACCAAUUCCCCUCCUUUCCUCCAUUGCUUCCCCAAUUCUCCCACUGCUGCUUCCCUCCUUUCUCCCACUGCUUCCCCUCCUUUCUCCCACUGCUUCCCCUCCUUUCUCCCACUGCUUCCCCUCCUUUCUCCCACUGCUUCCCCUCCUUUCUCCCACUGCUUCCCCUCCUUUCUCCCACUGCUUCCCCUCCUUUCUCCCACUGCUUCCCCUCCUUUCUCCCACUGCUUCCCCUCCUUUCUCCCACUGCUUCCCCUCCUUUCUCCCACUGCUUCCCCUCCUUUCUCCCACUGCUUCCCCUCCUUUCUCCCACUGCUUCCCCUCCUUUCUCCCACUGCUUCCCCUCCUUUCUCCCACUGCUUCCCCUCCUUUCCCCCCCUGCUUCCCCUCCUUUCCCCCACCAAUUCCCCUCUUUCCUCCCUUGCUUCCCCUCCUUUCCCCCUCUGCUUCCCCUCCUUCCCCCCUCCUUCCCCUCCUUUCCCCCUCUGCUUCACCUACUUCUCCCCCCUGCAUCCCCUCCUUUCUGCCCCUGCCUCGCCUGCCAUUCAUCCAUCAGGUCUGCAGUGAACUCUACCAAUCCCACGCCGCCACCAGUCCCUUCCUCCGCUCCCCCACUCACCCCCAGCACAUCCAGAUCCAACACGACGACAGCGGGCGCCCUCUCAUUGGCCCGUGCCACUGCCCUCCCCAGCAGCCGCCGAACCUCCUUCGCAGGCUCGGACCCGAGCCUGGAACAGCUGACACACUCUGUGUGCGCGAGGCAGGUCCGGUCGUUUCGAACCUGCCAGGCUAG